AUGAGCAUUUUCUCCAUUCUCCUCUUCCUACUCGUCCAAGAGGCCGUCUUGGCCAAAUACAUGCUCCUGCCUGGAAACUACAUUGAAACAGUUGCUCCAAAAGAAUUCGAAUUUGCGAUGGUCACGGGGAAAAUUCAUUUUCUGAGAGCGAUGGGGGAAGGACAAUACAUGAAAGCAAAGACCACUUGCAAAGGCGAAGGUUUGGCUCACCUCGUCAUGGACGAUCGAGGUCAAGAGUGGCACGAUUACGUCCUUGAAUUCAUGGAGUCGCAUUUCCCAUCUCAAAGCAAGUUUUGGAUCGGAGCUGACGACAUGAAUUGGGAUAAAGUGCACUCCUGGGUUGACGACACAUUGGUGGCUGAUUCAAUGAAGACCUUCUGGCUUCCGGGCGAGCCGAAUUUCAAGGAGGGAGCACAGGAUGGGAGAUGUGUCGCGAUGGGGAAGUCUCCAGAUUCUCCAGGGGGGAUGUGGGAGGAUGUCUCCUGUUUGAAAACCCUGCCUAUCACCUGCGAAGUCCGUUUCCCCUAACUCCUACCCCAGAAACCCGCGAAAGAUGUGAA